AUGAAGUUCCUCGCUCUCACAGCUGCCCUGGCCGCCAUGGCCACCGCUCUUCCCAUCGAAGACUCCUUCACCUCUGUCGAGAUCCGCAACGCGGACCUUGAGCUCGAGACCGUCCAGCUCGAGACCCGCCAGUCCUCCACCAGGAACGAGCUAGAGACUGGCUCCGCCUCCUCCUGCCCUGACGCCAUCCUCAUCUACGCGCGCGGCUCUACCGAGCCUGGCAACAUGGGCAUCACCGCCGGUCCCAUCCUCGCGUCCGCGCUCGAGAGCCGGUUCAGCAACAUCUGGAUCCAGGGCGUCGGCAGCCCCUAUGACGCUGCCACGUCCCCCAACUUCCUCCCCGCCGGCACGAACCGCGCCUCCAUCGACGAGGCCAAGCGCCUCUUCCAGCUCGCCAACUCCAAGUGCCCCAACACCCCCGUCGUCACCGGCGGAUACUCCCAGGGCACCGCCGUCGUCGGCAACGCCCUGACGGAGCUCACCGGUGCCGUCCAGAAUCAGGUCGUCGGUGCUGCUCUCUUUGGCUACACCAAGAACCUCCAGAACUUCGGCCGCAUCCCCAACUACCCGAGAUCCCGCACCGAGGUCUACUGCUCCGUCACCGAUGCCGUCUGCAGUGGCACCCUGUUCAUCCUGCCCGGGCACUUCUCGUACAAUGACGAGGCCAGGAACGAGGCUCCCAGGUUCCUGGCCCGCCAGAUCAACAAUGCCUGA